GGCCCGCUCCUCCCUCGCCUGCCCGCCGCCGCCGCCCGCGCCGCCAUGACGGGGUGGGCGGGAGCGCUGAGAGCGGCCGCCGCCGCCGCGGGCGGGCCUCGCUCGGGGCCCGGCGCCUUCCGGGCUCGUUUCGACUUCGGCGGCCGCGACGUGGCCUCCUGGUUCCCCGGGCACAUGGCCAAAGGGCUGCGGCAGAUGCGGGGCUCCCUGCGGCGCGCCGACUGCCUCGUCGAGGUGCACGACGCUCGCAUCCCGCUGUCAGGCCGUAACCCCAUGCUGCAGGAGGCACUGGGCAUCCGCCCACACAUUCUGGUUCUGAACAAGAUGGACCUGGCCGACCCUCGCCAACAGCCGAAAGUCCUGGAGCAGUUGAAGCAGCAGGGAUGUUUGCACGUUGUCUUUGCUGAUUGCCAGCGGGACAGCAAUGUCAAGAAGAUUGUCCCCCUGGUUGCCAAGCUCAUCAACAGCAGCCCCCGCUACCACAGGGCUGAGAACGCCGAGUACAGCAUCAUGGUGAUCGGUGUGCCCAACGUGGGCAAGUCGUCACUCAUCAACUCGCUGCGGAGGCUGCACCUCAGAAAGGGAAAAGCCACCGCAGUCGGUGGCGAGCCGGGUGUCACCAAGGCAGUGCUGACCAGAAUUCAGGUCUGUGAGACGCCCCUUAUGUACCUGGUGGACACUCCUGGAGUGCUGCCCCCGAAGCUGGGGGACGUGGAGACGGGCAUGAAGCUGGCACUGUGUGGAGCUAUCCGUGACCACCUGGUCGGGGAGGACAUUAUGGCUGACUACCUGCUGUACACGCUGAACAGGCAGCAGCAAUUUGGGUACGUGCAGCACUAUGGGCUGCCUGAGGCCAGUGAUGACAUUGGGCAUGUGCUGAAGCAUGUGGCGCUCAUCCUGGGCAAGACGCAGAAGGUGAAGGUGCUCACGGGAACAGGGAAUGUCAACGUGACGAUGCUCAACUACUCAGCUGCUGCUUACGAGUUCCUGCGUGCCUUCCGUGCCGGACGCCUGGGUAGGGUGACACUGGACUGAGGGAUGGGGUCAGCGUGGGCUCACCAAGGGGCGCAGAGAUCUCAGCAGCAGCAGGGAGGCGGACCCUGGCAGCAUGGGGGUAUGAUUAAAGCGACUUUUGCUGA